AGCAUACAAACCAGUUUUCUUAAGUUUUUCUAUUCUAUUCAAUUCGCAUAAAAAUAUCACAAUUUUUAGCGUCUUCGCUGCAUUCAAAAAAUUCUAAAAAAUCAAUUCAAUUCAAACGACAAAACGAUGUGCAAAGUUACAUAAAAUUCAGGUUCAUAUCCAACAAUUCAACACUCACUGCAGAAUCCCUACUGCCAAAAUUGUAAAGGAUUUAAUAAUAAUUCUCAACCUAAAUCAAAUGUUGGCUAUAUUGAAGUGAUUUAUCGCGAUCUGGGCGCAGAGUGUAGUGUAAUUUUUUUACACUAAUCCGGUAACAUGCAAUGUAAUAAUGAAAAGGAUGACACCGACGACAUGAACAUAAUGCCUUCUGAACACAAUGGAACUUCCGACACCAAGCUUGCAGAUUCACGCGAUGUGCACAGUGCGGAGGAGAAUCAGAAAUCAACAAUCGACCCCAACUUGUACCUAUACGACGAUGAUCUGGAGACGCGGCCUCACAUCUCAACAUUCAUUUCAUCAAUUGCCAAUUAUGAAAACACGAUACCAGCUGCCACCGAUCCUGAUGCCAAGCCAGCGCCGCCAUCAGCUCGCAUGGGAACGUUAAUUGGCGUAUUCUUGCCGUGCAUUCAGAACAUCUUUGGUGUAAUCUUGUUCAUUCGAUUAACAUGGGUUGUUGGUACCGCUGGCGCGGUUUGUGGCUUCUUGAUUGUGUUGACCUGCUGUUGUGUGACUAUGCUUACGGCGAUAUCCAUGUCGGCAAUUGCAACGAACGGGGUGGUUCCGGCGGGCGGCAGUUACUUUAUGAUAUCUCGAUCACUUGGUCCUGAGUUCGGCGGCGCAGUGGGGAUGUUGUUUUAUACGGGGACAACGCUGGCGGCGGCAAUGUACAUUGUCGGCGCCGUUGAAAUCGUAUUGACUUACAUGGCUCCGUGGGCAUCCAUAUUUGGGGACUUUACCAAGGAUGCAGAGGCCAUGUACAAUAACUUCCGCGUCUAUGGCACAAUAUUGCUGCUCUUCAUGGGUCUCAUUGUAUUUCUGGGCGUAAAGUUUGUGAACAAAUUUGCCACGGUUGCCUUGGCCUGUGUUAUCUUCUCCAUCAUUGCAGUCUACGUGGGCAUCUUCGACAACAUACACGGCAAUGAGAGUCUCUACCUGUGCGUGCUGGGAAAGCGUGUGCUCAAGGACAUCCCCAUCCUUAACUGCACAAAGGAGGAUCCUUUGCUACACGACUUGUACUGUCCGAAUAACAUGUGCGAAGAAUAUUUCAUGAAAAACAAUGUAACAAGGGUCAAGGGCAUUAAGGGUCUCGCCAGCGGCGUCUUCUAUGACAAUAUACUGCCAUCAUUUUUGGACAAAGGACAAUUCAUUGCGUAUGGUCAAAAAUCAGAGGAUAUUGACAACGGUAGUGGCCAAUCGUACAAUCAAAUUAUGGCCGACAUUACGACCUCGUUCACCCUGCUCAUUGGCAUCUUCUUUCCCUCAGUGACAGGCAUUAUGGCUGGAUCGAACCGUUCGGGAGAUCUGGCUGAUGCACAGAAGAGUAUUCCAAUUGGCACAAUUUGCGCCAUUCUCACCACAAGUACUGUCUAUCUAUCGAGUGUACUCUUCUUUGCCGGAACUGUGGAUAAUUUACUGCUUCGCGACAAGUUUGGGCAGUCGAUUGGCGGCAAAUUGGUGGUGGCAAACAUUGCGUGGCCCAAUCAGUGGGUCAUCUUGAUUGGUUCGUUCCUUUCCACUCUGGGCGCUGGUCUGCAGAGUUUGACGGGCGCUCCCCGUCUUCUGCAAGCCAUUGCCAAGGAUGAAAUCAUACCUUUCUUGGCACCAUUCGCCAAGUCUUCAAAGCGCGGCGAGCCAGUACGAGCGCUGCUAUUAACGCUUGUCAUUUGCCAGUGCGGCAUUUUGCUCGGCAACGUUGAUCUGUUGGCUCCAUUGCUGUCAAUGUUUUUCCUGAUGUGUUACGGCUUUGUGAACUUAGCGUGCGCGGUUCAAACGUUGCUGCGAACGCCGAAUUGGCGACCACGCUUCAAGUUCUAUCACUGGAGUCUGUCGCUGAUCGGCCUGACCCUGUGCAUAUCAGUGAUGAUUAUGACAUCGUGGUACUUUGCACUCAUUGCCAUCAGCAUGGCAAUUAUCAUCUAUAAAUACAUCGAAUAUCGUGGUGCUGAGAAGGAAUGGGGCGAUGGCAUCCGCGGUAUGGCACUAACGGCAGCUAGAUAUUCACUGCAACGGCUGGAGGAAGGCCCACCACAUACGAAAAAUUGGCGUCCACAAAUUUUGGUGCUGUCGAAACUGAAUGACAACUUGGUGCCGAAGUACAGGAAAAUCUUCUCGUUUGCCACGCAACUAAAGGCGGGCAAGGGUCUGACAAUUUGCGUGUCUGUGAUAAAAGGCGAUCACACAAAAAUCUCCAAUAAGGCAGUCGAUGCCAAGACUACGCUUCGCAAAUACAUGACGGACGAGAAGGUCAAGGGCUUCUGCGAUGUGCUCGUUUCCCAGGAAAUUGGCGAGGGACUCAGCUCAGUCAUUCAGACAAUUGGCCUUGGUGGCAUGAAACCAAAUACCGUGAUCAUUGGCUGGCCAUAUAGCUGGCGUCAGGAGGGUCGCUAUAGCUGGAAGACUUUCAUUCAAACUGUGCGCACCGUUGCUGCCUGCCACAUGGCGCUGAUUGUGCCCAAAGGAAUCAACUUUUAUCCCGAGUCCAAUCACAAAAUUGGCGGCAAUAUUGAUAUUUGGUGGAUUGUCCACGAUGGUGGACUUCUAAUGCUACUGCCAUUCCUGCUAAAGCAGCAUAGGACAUGGCGCAAUUGCAAACUUCGCAUUUUCACGGUUGCUCAAAUCGAAGACAAUUCAAUUCAAAUGAAGAAAGAUCUGAAGACAUUCCUUUACCAUCUGCGCAUUGAAGCGGAUGUUGAAGUCGUUGAAAUGAAUAAUAGCGAUAUUUCGGCUUACACGUAUGAGAGAACUCUCAUGAUGGAACAGCGCAAUCAAAUGCUACGCGCAUUAGGCUUAAACAAAAAAGAGAACUCCAACGUAGUUCAAACUAUAAUGGAUUAUAAGGAAACACCCAGUGAUAAUAAAUUAUCUUUGGUUCAAACAAUUGUAGACCACCAUUACGACGCCAUUAAAACAGCGUCGAAAGUUCGGUUUGCCGAUCCUACCAUCGAAGAUAUACACCACGAUACUCACAAUGAGGAAAAACGCAAUUCAAUUGAUUCAGAUGGUCCGGAGAGCUCGGAAACACCUGAUAUUACAUCUAAUAAAGACGAGUCAACUGAGAAAGCUGACGGAAACUUGAAAUCAAGUGUAAAGCCAGAUGAAUUCAAUGUUCGUCGCAUGCACACGGCAAUAAAAUUAAACGAAGUUAUAGUGGAGAAAUCACAAGAUGCCCAAUUGGUCAUAAUGAAUUUACCAGGUCCUCCAAGGGAAGUGAGACCGGAACGUGAAAGCAAUUAUAUGGAAUUCCUGGAAGUUUUGACGGAGGGUCUUGAAAAAGUAUUAAUGGUUCGUGGAGGAGGUCGUGAAGUAAUAACAAUUUACUCUUAAGAGCAUUAAUCGCUCAGGUUUUAAGAGUUCGCAACAUUAGACAAGUUUAAGAAUCAAUCAAAUUUUUGAAUGAAGGUUAUUAUUAAUUUGUUAUAUUAAAUCAUAUGUCCAAAUAUUUUAUUUUUACGUAAAUAAAAUAUCAAAAAUU